AUGUCUAUGCCUCAGGGAUUUGGUAGGCAGAGAGAGCAUAGGAUCAGCAGAAGGCAUUUUUAUGUCUCAAAGGAAGUAUGCUUUGGAGAUGAUCUCAGAGGAAGACUCUCAGGAUCAAAACCCAAGAAGACACCAAUGGAACAAAACUUGAAACUUACAAGCACAGAACUUGAUAAGAUUGUGAAUGAGAAUACUGAGGACAUUAUCUUGGAGGACAGGAGUCUUUUUCAAAGACUAGUUGGCAAGCUUCUGUAUUUGACAAUCACAAGACCUGACAUUGCAUAUGUUGUACAAAGUAUAAGACAAUUUAUGCAUGCUCCAAAGAAUUCUAAUUAUGAGGCUGCAUUACAUGUUGUGAGAUACAUCAAGGAUCAACCUGGACUUGGACUUCUCAUAUCAAACAAUAGUGCAGAAAGAGUUAAGUGA